UCUGCUUGGUUAUUUUAUUUUCAUUUUGCUACCGUUAUUAAAUAUCUGCUUCCGGUUUGAUGGUGUUCCGGAUGACGUCAUGCGCUGAAGAUGGCGGAAGGGGAAGGAGCCUGGUGGGGAGGCUGGCUGCAGCAGAGCUUCCAGUCUAUCAAAGACAGAUCAUCCGAGGCAUACGAGUUCAUCAAGCGGGAUCUGACAGAGUUUUCCAACGUGGUCCAGCAUGACACCGCCUGCUCCAUCGUCGCCACGGCCAACGCCGUCAAGAGCAAGCUGGCCGUGGAAGGUUCAUCCGAGGCCACAGAGAAGGUGAAGAAGAGUUUUUCGAACAUUCUGGGCGUGAUCACAGACACGCUCGCUCCUCCGCCCGACAAGACCAUUGACUGCGAUGUCAUCACGCUGGUGGCCACAGCGGCCGGAACCACCGAGGUGUACGACAGCACCAAGGCUCGUCUCUACGCUGUGCAAGCCGACCCUGCUACAUACUGCAACGAACCCGACGGACCUAUUGAGCAGUUUGACGCUUGGCUCUCCACUUUCAGUCUAGAGGAAAAAAAAGCUGAAAUCUCGGAGCUUCUGGUGACCAGUCCCUCUAUCCGUGCCCUCUACACUAAAAUGGUUCCAGCAGCUGUGGCUCACUCAGAGUUCUGGCAGCGCUACUUCUACAAAGUGUUUCAGUUGGAUCAGGAGGAAGCUAGGAGAGUGGCGCUGAAGCGGCGAGCAGAGGAAACCACUCAGCCUGAGACCCUGGGAUGGGAGGAGGAAGAGGAAGACGAGUUCCUCGGAGCCACGUCUCCAUCACGCUUGGACUUCAGUCCAUCUCCAGUAUCCGCAGAGACCGGCCCGUCGUGUGCCUCCUCUUUCUCUGAGGUGGCGGGUUCCCAUGGCGACGGCACGUCUGACGUCACUCCGUCGGUCAGCAGCGACACCGUGAGUCUCCCAACGCAGCUGGAGAACCUUCCGGAGAGCUGUGCCAAGGUGGCGAGCGAGGCCGAGAUCCAGACGAGUGCCAGCAUUACAGAGGGAAGAGCUAGAACGGAGGGAGCUAAAACAGCGGGAGGGAGGGAGGAGAGAGCUAGAAUGGAGGGAGUAAGGGAGCAGGAGGCAAGGAAAGAAGGCAAAAAAGAGGAGCCAGUGCAAGACCUGCGAGUGUUUGAGCUCAACUCUGACAGCGGCAAGUCCACGCCUUCCACCAGCGGCAAAAAAGGAUCCAGUACUGACGUGAGCGAGGACUGGGAGAAAGAUUUCGACCUGGACAUGACCGAGGAAGAGGUUCAGAUGGCUCUGGCUAAAGCCGACGCUACCACAGAGUUUGACGAUGAGGACUGGGAGAACUGGGACUGAACCGAACCGGACCGGAUGCUGACGACAACAAGAAAACUCCACCGUUUCCCCAAACGAACCCCGCGCUUUAACGCCUCGAGACUCUCAAUUCCAUGCCCACACGUUCGCAUUCAGCCAACGGGAGCAAGACGCUGGCCUUCGGGUCCAACGUCCGGGUGAAACUUUGCAGCCAGUGAAAUUUAGUAGCUGAAUUCAUUCAACCUUUGGCUUUUGAGCAGAAAAGGAAGCUGAUCAGGACACGUCUGGGUUAAACAAAAAAAGAAAAGAAAAAUCAGCCCAGAGAUUGAGGAGUUGACGGUAUGAGUGAUGGCAACCUAAGCUUUCAUUAUAUCAUUUGUUCUACUAGGAAUAAUCGGUCACCUUUCCUGGGCUUUAUCAGUAGCUAUGUUCUAUCAUGCUAAUUGUUCUGUUUUUGGGAUUAGCAGUGACUCUCUGUGUGUAAUUUAUGUUUCUCGUUCAUUUCGCGUUGCUUUGUUCAUCAUAACGUCUUUGGCUUUGUGUUCUGUUUUGUCUAUGAAAUACUGAUUUCUCUAAUGUUAUGCGAUUUUUUGAAUAAGCUUCGAUAAGUUUAUUUUGGUCUUUUCCUAGACGACUGUUGCACUUUUGUAUCAUCAAUACAUAUGCUACAUGACUGUUCAGUGUUGUGUGGAAUGUUUGGGGGGGUAAUUUGUCACAUGAUAAAGCUGUUCAUAUUUGACUAAAGACAAACAGAUAAAACGUG